GAAUCGGCGGAGAGUUUAGCGAUCAGACUAUACGAGCCAGAACUGUGCGUCCAGAAAAGAUUCACUCACACGCUGUGCUUGACUUGGCCCAGACGAACUACUCCGUCCAUACCAAGGAAUUGUGCACAUGCUACAACUGUGUUCUAGGGGGCAGUGACUGAUAGUGACCAUUGACUGUGAACUGCGUGCUUUACCAGUCCGUGUGCUGUGUCUAUAUUUUGGUUAUUUUUUUGCAUAUAAUUGUACAAGCCUGACGAAGAAUUAUUGAAAACAUAUGUUCGCUUGAAAACUUUGAGUUUUCAUUUAUCAAUGGGAUUUUUUACUAUUGUGAAACACCGCUUGGCCCCCCCUGUGUUGAAAUCGCUCAACAGAUAUGUGAGCUUCCGAACCAGGAUAGCGAAAGCGGAUAUAUGCCUUCGUUUUGUAGAGGAUUGCAUUUCAAAUUCCAUCUACCCAGUGAGUUACUGGAAAUCCCUUCGUCGUGCACGUAUCAGGCCGGACAACAUUUGCCUAAAGCGUCUAGCGCUCAGCCAGAUGGAAACCACACGUGUGAAGAGAGACGAGCUAAAUCGUGGCCUGAGUCAACUAACGGCCGUAAUAAACAGUCUUUCAGAGAGAGAUCGUGCGGAGCUAGAGACGUUGGUUAAUGAAAUUAUUGCAAAACAAGGCGCAAAGCUAAAUGCUUCACUCUCGAAGACACUAAAAGGAGAGAAACCGACCAUGUGUUUCCCUGCCGAACCCGAAAAGUACGUGUGCAAUUUAUCUUGCAUGACACUUGAUCGUACCACAAUGGAGGUCUUAUCGCUGGGCCCCAAGUUCUGUCUCCCUACUAGAAGGGACAAUAGAUUAGCAAUUGAGGCCCAAUUUGAAAAUCUAUACAGACAGACUUCACAAUUGUCUCCGACAUCUGAUUCGCAAGUAGAAGAGUUUAAGUCGCUGCUGGUGCAUGCAUGUUAUCAAUAUCGCCGAGCACGGAUAACACAUAAAACCCCGGUGAGACAGGAACAUAUUCAGGCGCUGCACAAUCUAGUCGGAAAUAAAGAUAUUUUGCUCACUCGACCUGAUAAAGGUGCGGGAAUAGUCGUCUUGAACAAGGCAGACUAUCUUCGGAAAAUGCAUGAAAUAUUGGCAGAUGACACCAAGUUUUCAAAGAUAAUAGGCGAAAAAGACAAAACAAAGCAGAUCGAGAAUCAAAUCUGCAACAGCCUUAAAAAGCUUCGUGACGAGGGCUUUAUUAGUGAAGGUGUCUAUGAAAACCUACGUCCCGUAGGUACCGCGAUUCCAAGAUUAUACGGUCUACCUAAAACGCAUAAGCCUAACGUUCCUCUGAGACCAGUUUUGGACAUGAAGGACUCUCCGUACCAUUCCACUGCACGGUGGCUCGUUGAGCUUUUAGAGCCCGUCCGAAAGCAGGUUUCUGUACACAGUCUAAAGGACAGUUUUGAAUUCGUAGAGCUCGUACGUGAUCGAAAUGUUACGGAUCUAACCAUGUGUUCCCUCGACGUUGCUUCAUUAUUCACUAACGUGCCACUAUUUGAAACUAUAAAUUACAUUUGUGAUUAUAUUGAUCAGAACCAGAUAUCCAUUGGCAUUCCUACAGUUGGCCUAAAGGAACUGUUGCUCCGGUGCACCUUCAAUAUCCAGUUUUUGUUCAACGGAGAAAUAUACCGACAACACGAUGGGGUUGCUAUGGGCUCCCCACUGGGGCCGUUUCUUGCUGACGUGUUUAUGGGUAUGCUAGAACAGAGCAAGUUAAGAUCGGUUAUCGAAAGCCUUAGCCUCUACUGCCGUUACGUCGAUGACAUCUUUAUAUUGCUCCAUUCCUCCAGAAACAUCGAGGACCUUACUUACACAUUUAACCAGGCACACACAGCGCUAAAGUUUACAUCUGAAGUGGAGGAAGAUAGAUCUUUUCAUUUCCUCGAUGUGAACAUGAAGCGACUCGAUGAUGGUUCCCUACAGCGUGGGGUGUAUAGGAAACGUACCUGGAACGGACAAUACACGAAUUUCUACAGUUUUGUUCCACUUAGAUCAAAACGGAACUUGAUUUUCAGUUUAACGAGUCGGGCGGAAAGAAUUUGCUCGAAUGACACAUUAUCUGAGGAACUACAGCGCAUUCGCUUAACCCUGAAGGAAAAUGGGUACCCGGAUGGAUUCAUUAAAGCCAACAUGGAGCCAAGGAGGAAAUCUCCUGUAACCCUCACAGCCGAAAAGAAACCCAUUUUUCUACAAUUACCGUACAAAGGGGAAAUCGUAGCUGAAGUUCUAAGUCGUCGUAUUUCCCGCGCUCUCAGGCACACCUUUCCAGCAGCCAAAAUGCAGAUUCACUUCACCAGUAGCCCGAUGGUGAAAACUAACCCAAAAGACAAAAGGCCUGUCCACGCCAAUUCCAUGUGUGUUUACUCAUUCACCUGUUCUUGUGGUUCAGGGUACAUUGGCCGUACGACGAGGCGCCUGUCUGAUAGGGUGAGAGAACACCAUCCGGCCUGGCUUGCGACUGGGUGCCGAAAGCUAACUAACUCAUCCAUCGCCACGCAUCUUGCUGACACGGACCAUUCUCCCAAUCUAGCCGAGGCAUUUAAGGUCAUCUAUCGACCACCUGCAAAUCGAUCAAAGUGCGUUCGCAUGCGCUUACUUGAAUCGGCGGAGAGUUUAGCGAUCAGACUAUACGAGCCAGAACUGUGCGUCCAGAAAAGAUUCACUCACACGCUGUGCUUGACUUGGCCCAGACGAACUACUCCGUCCAUACCAAGGAAUUGUGCACAUGCUACAACUGUGUUCUAGGGGGCAGUGACUGAUAGUGACCAUUGACUGUGAACUGCGUGCUUUACCAGUCCGUGUGCUGUGUCUAUAUUUUGGUUAUUUUUUUGCAUAUAAUUGUACAAGCCUGACGAAGAAUUAUUGAAAACAUAUGUUCGCUU